CGAUUUUGGUUUUCAUUUUACCGUUCGAUUUUUAGUUCCUGCAAAAAGUUGCACGAAACGUUUUCUUCUCAAUCGGAACACGCCAAAAACAUUUUGCUGAUAAAUUAAAGGCUUUGCAUAUGUUCAGACAGAAUGGUGCUUUGUCCAGGAUUUCAGAAAAACGGCCGGCCAUGUACUAAUAUUUUGGAACAAAAAAAUAAAUUCUGCAAGCUGUGUGGAUGGAAAAUAGAUCCUGAAAUCUUCUCAAAAGAAGCCAUCUCUUGUCCAAACAUUGUGCUGAGCAGUGAAGAGAAAUGUGGAACUUGGAUCGAACGAGAUCAGAUGUUCUGUGAUCAGUGUGGAUGGGAAGUCAACCAUGACUUUUUUCCUUCUCGUAAUGGUACAGGCACUGUAAGCCCAGAGUGUUCCUCAGGUCUCCAAGCUCAGAUAAAGAAACUGUCCUUUAAGCAAGAGACCAAAUUACACCAGAACUCUUUUCUGGACUCACUUGUUACUCCAGGUGAUACAGAUGAAGAUGAUCUCAUGACUUUCCAAAAGUCAGCCAGUAUUUCACCUCACAGUGCUUCCUCAGCAUCUUCCCUCCCAGAAAGUAGGAGGGAGGCAAAAGGACGGAUCCUCUUCAUACACAACCUUAAUGAAGAAAGUAUCACCACAGAGAAACUUUUCAAUCUCUUCAGCUUGUAUGGAAGAGUGGAUAUUAUUAAGCUGUUUUUCAAGAAGAAAAACUCUGGCCUGGUCCAGAUGGAUACAGAGGAACAUGCUGCUAGUGCCUUGGGACAUUUGGAUAGGGUGGUUGUGCAGAACAAGACUUUGCAUAUUCAAUAUUCUAGAGUCAAGUCAAUCAACACUGAUGAAAAUUUCAAAAUGACAGCCGACUACAGAAAAAGUAAGCUACACAGAGGAGGGGUCACUUUCAACUAUGUGAUGACGGCCUGCGCUCCAUCUGCUGUCAUUCAUAUGUCCCACCUGCCAGAAAGCAUCAAAAGAGAAGACAUCAUCGAUGUAUUCUCAGAAUAUGGAAAUGUGUUGGAACUGAAAAUUUUCAAAUCCAGAGGAUGUCAAGGAGCACUGCUCAAGUUCGCUUCUGUGGAGCAGGCUGUUACUGCUAUAAUGGAAAUGCAUAACUUCAAGUUUCCAGACAACACUCGACUGAUGGUUUCGUUUUCGCACCACAAAUGCCUGAUCACAGAGGGUUAAUGAAUCUAGUAUGUUCUGAUUAUCUCCAACUCAUCUUUAAAUGUGAAAAGAAAGGGAGGUAUCCAAAAAGCCAUUGAAUUGUAUUUUAAUAAAAAGAAAAAACGAAUUUUUGAAAUUUUUGAGGCUUGGGAUUUUUUUUGUCAAUUGAUUGUGGAUGCACAAGCAAAAUGUUUAACCAGUUGAGUACUGUAGAUUAUGCCACGAGAAGAUUUUGUACAAAUUAAGAAAGGCCAGUCCAUUGUUUGAUACUAUUUCAUGAUAUUGCUAGAUGUACAUAGAAUUAUAUUCUAUAUGUUAUGUCAUAGGUUGUUAGCUUUCUGUCUUUUUGCAAUAAUCCAAUGUACAUGAUCAUUGUUCAUGUACCUGUAUUAGUUAGAAUACAUAAAGGCAUUAUAGAUUUAAAUGUACAAAAUAACAUGUACAUUGGUUUAUGGGUUUUUUUCACGUGUACAAUUUUUGUAAUUUUUGUUCAAUAUAUACAUGUGCAUGUUAUAGUUUUCAAUGGGAGGUAAAAAGUAUGAUAACGGCUGUAGCUAUAUUAUUCAACAUCAGUUUAUGGAUAGUCAUAAAGAGAUUGGGUAUUUCCAUAACUAGAAGACAUAAUUCAUAAUCUUUGCCCAGUAAUGCAAAUUUUUUUUCAAUUUUUCAACCAAAAGGCCACAUGUGUUCGUUUUCAUAGAUAGCCCAUACAGGUUAGAUAGAAUUUACAAAUUUUUAAGUGCCAUAUCCUGCCUGUUAUCAAAGUUUCAAAAUCAAUAAUCCAUUGUUGGUUUUUUUUAUACAUGUAUAUAGUGUUCUCAUAUUAGAAAGACUACGGGUACAAUGUGUUCAAAAUAUUUCAAGUCUGUUUUCUAGGAUGUUUUCAUCUUCUGUCAGCUCCAUAUUUCUUCAGUUUAUUUUUACAAAUCAGAUUUCUUGAUCUGCUCGCAUAUAUUGCCACUGUAGCAAUCCACAUAAGCGGAUCAACGAAUCUGAUUUUACUGAUAUUGAUAUUUCUCAAUACAUGUGUCAUUUACUUGUGUGUCAUCAACUUUUUUUCAUCUACAAUCUUGUGCUCUGUUUCUCAAGACUCCAUCCCAAAUAAUUGUGUUAUCCCCUGUCUCAGUGCCAUCAACUUUUAACUGUUCAACUGUAACUGUUCAACGUCUUCUGUGUCCCUUUGGUUCCAGAUCGUGUCUAUCUCUCUGUCUUUGUCUCUCAUUCUCUCUUGUUUCUCUCUUGAUUUCAGUUUCUAUCUUAGAUUCUCUAAAAUACCUUAGUUUCUUUUCCAGCUUCAUAUGCUGAAAACUACCUCAGAGAUCUUUUGAAAAAAGUAUGUAAGCAAUGCCAAUCUUGCGUUUCCAGCUUAGUAUAUCAGACAUGUGCAGUCUACUUCCUGAAGUGUGUAAGGACUCAAAAGUCAUGAAAGCAAUUGCACUUAUUUUCUCUCCAAGAUUCUUUUUAAGAAUUUGUCACUUUCAAGUUUUCUUUCAUUGUUUUUCUGGUGUCUUUUUUAACCAUUGACAUUGAUACGCCACAUGGUUUCAAGACUCAUCAUUUCUUUCCUUCUUAUUCCUGAACAUUCUUGAAUUUUCUGUCAUAAGAUUCUCCUUUCCGUUUACUCUUUGUGAAUUCCCUCUUUCCUUAAAAUGCUCUGAUCUCUUGUCUCAACAGUUCUAAAGUAUUUUCUCUUUUAUUCUGAGCAGCUUCCAUGUUUCUGAUUUAAGUCCACCCAGAGUUGUCUUCCUUCAAACUACAUUAGGCUGUUACUCCCUAAUCCCCUUAGUGUCCAGAUCAAUAGUAUUUGUAUGCAUAUCAUUUUAUUUAGAAUUUCACAAACAUGUGCAAGUUAUUUUAUAAUGAACUAAAUAAGUUGUUUCGAUGUUUCAAUGUUUUUUAUUACCGUAAUUUUUUUUUUUUUAUACAGGGUCUGUAUCUUUAUAUUUCUGUUGUAUUAAACUUUUUUGUCAUAUGAUACCUGAAUUGUGACUUAGUUUGUUUGAGAUGAACAAAAAGGCAAAUGCCAAAGAUAUGGCAUUUGUAAUAUAAACUUUUUUUUUUACUUUAAUUGUAUUCAGAUAGCUAGUUGUUCACAAAUAAAGUUGUUAAAUUUCAAUGAAUGUGUUUGAUUUGGGUUGUGAUUGUCCUAUAUGACAUCAUGCAUUUAUUUAAAAGAAGAUGUAAUUAUAAUCUGGGUGAUUAUGU